AUGGGGCUCUCGUGGUACUACAUCAAGCUCAUCCUGCUCACGGGCUUCGGCUGGGCCAUGGACUCGAUGGAGACGUUCAUCUUCACGUACUGCGCCGCGCUCAUCCGCGAGGACAUCCCGCAGAGCUCGCGCCAGGCCUCGUUCCUGGGCGGCGCCGUCUUCGUCGGCUCCUUCAUCGGCUCGUUCCCGUUCGGCUCGCUGGCCGACAAGUACGGCCGCCGCCCCAUGUUCAUGGUCACGCUCGUCAUCUUCCUCGUGGGGCUCGCGCUCUGCGCCGCCAGCUGGGACGUCACCUCCAUCACGUGCGCGCGCAUCAUCUCGGGCAUCGGCCUCGGCGGCGAGCUGCCCGUGGCCUCCACGCUCGUGCAGGAGCUGUCCCCCAAGAAGACGCGCGGCAAGAUCAUCGUGCUGCUCGAGUCCUUCUGGGCCAUCGGCUGCAUGAUGGCCGUCGUCAUGGCCUUCGGCGCCGCGCCGCGCAUCGGCUGGCGCGAGACCUUCUUCAUCUGCUGCGCGCCCGUCGUCUACGCCAUGGUCAUCCGCCUGUACAUCCCGGAGUCGCCCAAGUGGCUGGCCAGCGUCGGACGCUACGACGAGGCCGUGGCCAUCGUAGAGUCCAUCGAGCGCGCCCACGGCCUGGACCCGUACGACCCCAAGUCGGAGCUGGAGAGCGCCGAGCCGCUGCCGCCCGCGCCGCCCCAGCUGCCGGAGUCGCACUUCAAGCGCAUCGGCGUGCUCUUCCAGCGCCAGUUCCGCGUGCGCACCACGGUGCUGUGGACGCUGUGGUUCGGCAUCUCCAUGUCGUACUACGCCAUCUUCAUCUACCUGCCCAACCUGAUCGCGCUCAAGGGCUACAACAUGAACGGCCAGUGGGAGACCAUCCUCAUCAUCACGGCGUUCCAGCUGCCGGGCUACUUCGCGGCCGCUGGGCUCGUCGAGAUCAUCGGCCGCAAGCAAACGCUCGUGAUCUUCCUGGCCGGUUCGUUCGCAUCCGCCAUCGCCAUGGGCUACGUGGACGCCUCGAAGGUGCCCGUCAUGGUGACCGGCUCGUUCACGUCCUUCUUCAUGCUGGGAGCGUGGGGCUGCGUGUACGCGUACACCCCGGAGAACUACCCGACGGCCAUCCGCGGCAUAGGCGCGGCCUACCCGUCGGGCUUCAGCCGCAUCGGGUCCUUCAGCGGCCCGUACCUGUGUGCGUCCAUGUUCGGCGACUGGAACGUGUCGCUCGAGGCCAUCAUGUGGGUCUUUGGUGGCCUGCUCAUGGUCAUCUCGGCCAUUGUGCUCUUCUUCGGCUACGAGCCCCGCGGCAAGAACGUCGAGUUGUAUGACGACGACGACCGCACGGAGAAGUCCCUCGCUUUCGAGGCCGUCCAAACGCCCAACUAA